GCGCUUGCGGCGCCGCGGCUCGGAGCACUUGGGUGGAGCGGACUCCAUUUCCCGGGAAGCUGCGGGCUGGAAGGCGGGGUGCCGCGGCGUCUGGCCCGGCCAGUUCAGGUGGGGGGCUCGGUUCGAGGCGCCAGUAUGGCUGGGUGUCCGUGCGGCCUGUUUCGAGCUAUGUCCGCGUGAGGAUACCACCGCCGCCGCCGCCCAAGUCCUGGUCCGUGCCCUCAUCAUGGGCUCCAUCCUGAGCCGCCGCAUCGCGGGGGUGGAGGACAUCGACAUCCAGGCUAACUCUGCCUAUCGCUACCCUCCGAAGUCCGGAAACUACUUUGCUUCACACUUUUUCAUGGGAGGUGAGAAAUUUGAUACCCCCCACCCUGAAGGUUACCUCUUUGGAGAGAACAUGGAUCUGAACUUCCUGGGCAGUCGCCCUGUCCAGUUUCCCUAUGUCACUCCUGCCCCCCAUGAGCCUGUGAAGACUCUGAGAAGCCUGGUGAAUAUCCGUAAAGACUCCCUCCGACUUGUAAGGUACAAAGAUGAUGCUGACAGCCCCAUUGAGGGCAGCGAGAAACCCCGGGUACUCUACAGCCUGGAAUUCACCUUUGACGCUGAUGCCCGCGUGGCCAUCACCAUCUACUGCCAGGCAGUGGAGGAAUUCCUGAAUGGCAUGGCAGUGUACAGCCCCAAGAGCCCGGCCCUGCAGUCGGAGACCAUCCACUACAAGAGGGGAGUGAGCCAGCACUUCUCACUGCCUUCCUUCAAGAUCGACUUCUCCGAGUGGAAAGACGACGAGUUGAACUUCGACCUGGACCGGGGCAUAUUUCCAGUGGUCAUCCAGGCCGUGGUGGAUGAGGGAGAUGUUGUGGAAGUGACCGGCCAUGCCCAUGUGCUUUUGGCUGCCUUUGAAAAGCACGUGGACGGCAGCUUCUCUGUGAAGCCGUUAAAGCAGAAGCAGAUUGUGGACCGAGUCAGCUACCUACUGCAGGAGAUCUAUGGCAUCGAGAACAAGAACAACCAGGAGACCAAGCCCUCAGACGAUGAGAACAGUGACAAUAGCAGCGAGUGCGUGGUGUGUCUGUCAGACCUCCGGGACACGUUGAUCCUGCCCUGCCGCCACCUGUGCCUCUGCACCUCCUGUGCUGACACGCUGCGCUAUCAGGCCAAUAACUGCCCCAUCUGCCGGCUGCCAUUCCGGGCCCUCCUGCAGAUACGGGCUGUGCGGAAGAAGCCAGGGGCCGUAUCUCCCAUCUCCUUCAGCCCUGUCCUGGCCCAGAGCAUGGACCAUGAUGAGCAUUCUUGUCCCUUUAAAAAGUCAAAGUUGCACCCUGCCUCCCUGGCCAGCAAGAAACCUAAAAGGGAAACAAGCUCCGACAGCAUCCCACCUGGCUAUGAGCCCAUCUCCCUGCUUGAAGCACUCAAUGGCCUGCGGGCCGUCUCCCCGGCCAUCCCUUCAGCCCCCCUUUAUGAGGAAAUCACCUACUCGGGGGUCUCGGAUGGCCUUUCCCAGGCCAGCUGUCCACUUGCUGGAAUUGACCAGGUCCUAGAAACCAGCCACCAGAGCAGGCAACGGAGCAAAUCUCCUGACAGCACACUGCUGUCCCCGUCAUCCCCCAUCCAUGAGGAGGAUGAGGAGAAACUCUCUGAGGACUUGGAAGUUCCUCCCCCACCAGGUGCCCCGGAGCUGGCCCUGGGGGAGAGCAGCUCGCCUGAGAGUUUCCUAACGGAAGAGGUUGAUGAGCCAUCGCUGAAGCAAGGGAGCCAAGUGGCAUCCAUCGAGGAGGUCCUGCAGGAUGGCAGCCCCGAGCACCAAGCCUAUGCCCAGUCAGGUCCUCCUGCUGACAUCUGCCUGCCAGGAUGGCCCACCUCCAUGGAGUCGCCUCACAGCCUCAGCACCGCUGGGCCCCCCUGGCCUCCUCUUGGGGGCUCCAGUCCUGACCCUGGGACUUCUGACCUGACCCCACUCUGAGAGCCUGGUUUGGCUAGCAGCAUGGACCCCUCAGCCCCCCAGACUCUGCUGAAGGACUUCCCUGGACUUCAGCAUGACCCCAGCCUCUCCUGUCUGCACGCCCUGUGUGGGACCAGCCUCUGAGGGGCCAGGUGGCCCUCAAUCAAAGAGCACAGUGGAUUGUCCACUCUACAAACCCUCUUUUUCUAUGAUCGAUAUAUUUGUAAAUGGUACAAGAUGAAGGGCAGCAGCUUUUACCCUGGGCCCUGGACCCUGGGGUUCCCCCAGAUGCCAGUGUCCAUACUCAGAAAACUGGCAGAAGAGGAGUUACUGAUCUCCGAUGUGCUGUUUGCACAGACCUUCUAAAUGGGUGAGGGGGCCAGAGUCCCGGCCAAUGAAGGAAAUAGUGCCUGUCUGCCCACCCCACUUGCGUGUUCCUUGUGGCAGACUGGCCCUUGCUGCUGCUUUUGCUCCCUGGUGUUUGUUGUGGCCAUGGGUGGCCUUCUCUAGUGCCAGAGGGCUCACCUGCUCUGCUCUUUGCUCCGUGCCCUUUAGCAGCCCUUUCCCUGGCAGCUGGGGCAGCACAGGCCAUCUGCAGUGGUUGGUGUCCUCUGGCCUGGUACCCAUGCCCUGUGCUUUCUCACAGGCACUGCUCUGCAUCCUCUUCAGAUGCUUCUAUAGUGGUGGCAUUUUGCCUCAGCCACUGCUGCUGCUGCUGCCCAACCAUGUGCUGUGGCUUCUUUAGUUCCCCUAUUGUUUUCUAUGUCCUUUUGCUUUUCUCUUAUUCUGAGUGGAACCUGCCUGGGGGGAGAGGGGACCAAAAGCCCACAUGGGGCAGAACCCCAGCUGUGAUGCUUCUAAGGCAGUCUUAGGAGAGAAGCACAAGGGCUCUAGAUGCUUGUGCCUCUGCAGAGCCUGCUGCCUGUGGUGUGUGCAGCCCCCCUGGGCAGGGAGGGUGGAGGGCCCCAGCCUGGGGAGCUUCAAUGCCCUGACUCCUGGGGGAGGAUGGCAGAGAGGUAGAGCCUGCCCUAGGGCUCGGUGUUGCUGGAGCCCCGGCUUUGCCCAGUGGCCACCUUGUUCUUGGGUCAGCCUGUAUGCAAAGCGCUGUCUUCAUAUCCUGCUUCCCUCUGCCUGCCAUAGGUUCACACAUGCAUGCCCCUCUCCUGGACAGGUUGGUGGCAGUACUUUGAAGGACAGGAUGCAGAUUAGUUUACCUUGGACUCUCACGUGCUAUAAUUUGAUGUACUCUGACUGGCUAGUGUUUUUGUUUUUACUGUAUAUUUAUAGUAAUAAAAUCACACAGCAAUAUCCUGUCUG